AUGGCUGAAAACGCUCCGGCUUCGACCCCCUCCUCUCUGCCCUCGGCUCCCCAGUCGGCUGCUGGUGCUCAGAAUCAGCAGUACGAUGGUAUUCAGGGCAAUGGUCAGGCCAAUUCGUCCCACAUGCCUCCUCCCCCGCGGCCGCCCGUGAUCAUCCCCCAGAACACGAACCCUAUCCCCACUGCGAUCACCUCUCCCAUGUCUGGUGGUAUGAUGUCUCCCACUAGCGCUGGUGGCUAUGUUCGUCGUGCUGCGCCUGAGCCCAACAAGAGAGCCCUCUACGUCGGUGGUCUGGACCCCCGUGUCACAGAGGACAUCCUCAAGCAGAUCUUCGAAACCACCGGCCACGUGGUUAGCGUGAAGAUUAUCCCAGACAAGAAUCAGUUCAACAGCAAAGGCUACAACUACGGCUUCGUCGAGUUUGAUGACCCUGGUGCCGCAGAGCGCGCCAUGCAAACUCUGAACGGUCGUCGUAUUCACCAGUCGGAAAUUCGCGUCAACUGGGCAUACCAGUCCAACAGCACAAACAAGGAAGAUACCUCGAACCACUUCCACAUCUUUGUUGGCGAUCUGAGCAACGAAGUGAACGACGAGAUCCUGACUCAAGCCUUCUCCGCCUUUGGCUCGGUCUCCGAGGCUCGUGUGAUGUGGGAUAUGAAGACUGGACGCUCGCGUGGAUAUGGCUUUGUUGCUUUCCGGGAUCGCGCCGAUGCUGACAAGGCUCUCAACGCUAUGGACGGCGAGUGGCUUGGAUCUCGCGCCAUCCGCUGCAACUGGGCCAACCAGAAGGGUCAACCCUCGAUCUCUCAGCAGCAAGCCAUGGCUGCUAUGGGCAUGACCCCCCACCACUCCUUUUGGACACCACCACUUCCCCACUCAGGGCAUGCAGAGUUACGAUAUGGUCGUCCAGCAGACCCCUCAGUGGCAGACCACCUGCUACGUCGGCAAUCUGACCCCAACGACUUGGUGCCUUUGUUCCAGAACUUUGGCUACGUUCUCGAGACUCGCCUUCAGGCCGACCGUGGGUUCGCGUUCGUCAAGAUGGAUUCGCAUGAGAAUGCUGCCAUGGCAAUCUGUCAGUUGAACGCGUACAAUGUCAACGGUCGCCCACUCAAGUGUAGCUGGGGCAAGGAUCGUCCGCCGACCGGACAAUUCGACAAUUUCUCCCCUCAGGGCAACGCUGCUGCUUUUAGCAACAGCCCCGGUUUCUUCCCUCAGUAUGGUGGCCCGGCAGCCCCCAUGAACCAAGGUCCUGCUCCUGCUGGCCGAGGCUGGGAUCAACAAGCAAACAACUUUGGCGGGCCUGGCAUGCCCGGUCAAGGCUUCCCCCAGGGUAAUACCGGUGGUUAUGGUCGUGGCCAGCCUAUGUCCCCCACCGGGAACUGGGACCAGUCCAACACCAACUUCAACGGAGGCUACCAGGCAUAG